CUCAUACGUGUUUCGUGAUUCUAACAACAACUUCUCGCUCACUGGGUAGCUAAUACGAUUUUCUUUUAUUAAAACGUUAAAUUGAGGCAACAGAAACUGUACGCAGUUUAUCACCUGCUACUGUUUGGAAUGCCGCCUUCUGUGUAGCAGAUAGACUACUCUGUAAAUUAUCAAGAUAGGAUAAGUAUGUUAUCGACACAAGAGCCAGUAGUUCAGUGACCAUGUAUCUGUUAUUAUGUCAGAUAAUUCAAGUAGGGAAGGUGCGACAUUAAAUGUCAGUUUUCACAGUCAACAUUAAGGACUGACACCUGGUGCUCAAGUGUUAAAUUAAACUAUUAUCUCAGCUAAGUUAGCUGACUUUGACGUUCAAAAACACCUACAUAAAACCCGUUAUCUAGCUGUUUUUAACUUGCAUGAUAAGGUAGUGCAACCUUAAUAAAUAAAGACUUACCUGGCUUCUAGGAGUCUGGCUAUUAAACAUUAAACAAGUUUAAUUUUCUAAUGGCAAAGGAAGGAUGCAUUACACAGUGGAACACAACAGAGGACACCUCAACACUACGAAACAGAAAAACUGCAUCCACCUCCCAGAACCAGUCCCUUCCUUUUUCAAAAGGCAGAAGCAGUCAAACUCCGGGACACUUGUCAGAAGAUGACACUCAGUCCUCAAAUGGGACAUCAGCUAAGUCUGUGGCCACAGGAAAUGUCAACAAUGAGUCAAAGAGCAGAGUUUUGCUGAUGCUGGUGGUGGGCUUGUCUUUCUCCACACGCCUCUACAAGAUAACAGAGCCUCCUCAUGUGUGUUGGGACGAAACACACUUUGGAAAGAUGGGGAGCUACUACAUCAACAGGACCUUCUUUUUUGAUGUUCACCCUCCUCUUGGAAAAAUGCUGAUAGGCCUAGCAGGUUACAUGACUGGUUAUGAUGGCACCUUUCCCUUCGUAAAGCCAGGAGAUAAAUAUGAACACCACAACUACUGGGGGAUGAGAGGAUUUUGUGCCGUUCUGGGCUCCUCUCUCCCAGUCUUUGCCUACCUCAUCGUGUUGGAGCUGUCACAGUCACACACUGCUGCUUUCAUCGCUGCCACCUUGCUCAUAUUUGACACUGGCUGUAUCACCAUUUCCCAGUACAUCCUGUUGGACCCUAUACUCAUGUUCUUCAUCAUGGCAGCUGUGCUGAGCAUGGUCAAGUUUAAACAGCAGAGAUACAGAUCUUUUACUGCCUCCUGGUGGUUCUGGCUGAUACUGACAGGUGUCAAUCUCGCGGGGGCACUGGGGGUGAAGUUUGUGGGUCUAUUUGUCAUCCUGCUGGUGGGACUGAACACAGCCUGGGACCUCUGGAUUCUUUUUGGAGACCUCAGCCUCUCACUGGUGGAAAUUGCAAAGCACUUCCUGGCCCGGGUUGCUGGACUCAUCCUGCUCCCCCUCCUCUUAUAUGUUACAGUGUUUGCGGUCCACUUUGUCGUGUUGAACAAAAGUGGGCCAGGAGAUGGUUUCUUCAGCUCGGCCUUUCAGUCCCGCCUGAUUGGGAACAAUCUACACAACGCGUCCAUGCCUGAGUAUCUGGCAUAUGGUUCCACCAUUACAAUCAAGAACCUCCGUAUAGCUGGAGGUUAUUUGCACUCUCAUUGGCACUUAUAUCCUGAGGGAGUGGGAGCACGGCAGCAGCAGGUGACAGCAUAUCUGCACAAGGACUACAACAACUUGUGGCUUGUUCACAGAGCGGAUCUAAAUGAUUCUCAUUCUGGGACACCUGAUUUGAUUCGUCAUGGUGACAUCAUUCGACUGGAGCACAAAGAAACAACUCGUAACCUUCAUGCUCACAUCCAUGAAGCCCCUCUGACAAAGAAACACUUCCAGGUUACAGGAUACGGCAUUAAUGGCACAGGUGACCUCAAUGACCUGUGGCAGGUGGAGGUCUGUGGAGGUCGUAAAGGUGACCUUGUGAAGGUGCUGCGCAGCAAAGUCCGCUUUGUGCACCGAGCUACCGGCUGUGUGCUUUACUCCUCCGGAAAAACUCUCCCGAAGUGGGGCUGGGAACAGGUGGAGGUGACGUGCAGUCCUUACUUGAAGGAGACUCCGAGCUCUCAGUGGAACAUUGAAGACCACAUCAACCCCAAAUUGCCCAACAUUAGUCUGUCUGUGCUGAAGCCUCAUUUUCUGGAGAUCUUGCUGGAGUCCCACAUUGUCAUGAUAAGAGGAAACAGUGGCUUAAAACCAAAAGAUAAUGAGAUGAACUCCAAACCCUGGCACUGGCCCAUCAACUACCAGGGAUUGAGGUUUUCCGGAGUGAAUGACACAGAGUUCCGUGUUUACCUCCUGGGGAACCCUGUGGUCUGGUGGACGAACGUGAUCACUUUAGGAUUGUACCUCCUUAUGGUGGCCGUGGCGUCUAUAGCCCUGCAAAGAAGGUUCUCAUUGAGCCAAACAAGAAUAGAGCAUUCUCUCGUUCUGAAGAGAGAAGGCGGGUUGCUGCUCCUCGGUUGGUUGCUGCACUAUGCACCUUUCUUUACUAUGGGCCGGGUUCUCUACUACCACCACUACUUUCCUGCAAUGCUCUUUAGCAGCAUGCUAACAGGAAUAACCUUAGAUGUUCUUUUGAAAAGCACUGACCUGCUGCUCCGCCCUCCUUACUCCAGCUGGCUUCAGAGAGUCGGGCUGCUGGUGCUUCUGUUUGGUGUUCUUUACAGUUUCUACCUGUUCCAGCCGCUCUCCUACGGCAUGACGGGUCCCCUAGCACACGAGCCGGGUAGUACCAUGGCUGGCCUGAAGUGGAUGGACACCUGGGAGUUUUAGUCUUCUUUGUAUUGUUUUUUUUUUUUUAAACAAACAAUAAUACUAUGAUGUAGGAUGAUAGUUCUGAGUAUAAGGUACUUUAAUCAAACAUGACUUACUGUAUGGCCAGUUUACAUUCAAGGAUAUUUUCACAAGGUACUGACUGCACACACUACUGAAGAAUCUCUUUGUCUUGGUAUUCAUGUGUCCCAACAUUUCCAAGUAUUGUAGUCUAUCAGGUUAAAUUUAUAUUUUACAAGAAGGACCUGAAAAAGUGCAAUAUGAAGCCAGAAUGUUGUGGAGAAAGUUACGAUCCAGACACUAAUAAUGUCCAAGUUGCCUUAAAUCAAGACACAUCUUACAUUCUUCACUCGUAAUAAAAAUGUACACUGACAGUAUUUCACAUCAAUAAGCUGAAGUGCCUGAAAGGACUGGUGAAAGUGAAAUGCUGCGUCUUGCUGCUCAGAAAACAUUUUUGUUUCAUAGGUACGGAGCAUGUUUUUGUUUUACAUUUGUCUUGAUCUCAAUGUUUACUCUGUAUUUGUUUUGUAUAUCAGUGCUGUCCAGGACUGAAUACCCCCCCCCCUCCAUUUUAAGACUAAAACUAACUCAGUAUCAUAUGUAGAUCUCAGUGUUAUCAAUAAACUAUGAUAUUCUUGUAA